AUGACAAUUCUCACACUCUUCCAAGCGCUGUUGCUGUUCGUGUCAGUACUCGUGGUCAAGGCCAAAAAUUGCACUGUUGAAGCGAAUAAUCAUGUGCUACAAUCAAUUGCUUUGGAUCUCAACUACACUUUGUGCCGGUCCGACAGCAACUACACGUUCUUGUCAUUCACAAGUCCUACUACCGUUCAGACCCGUGAUUUCUGCUCCAGCUCUGCUUGUCAAAGUUUGCUAAGUACCACGUUGAGGUCCGGUCAAAUACCUAAGUGUAAAGUGAUUGUUGGCACUCAAGCCUUCAAUCUCACUGAUGCAGUGGCUCUCAUCGCAUUCAAGUGUAAAUCUGCUGCAGACAAAGGAAGUCUGACCGAACGACUAGUGGACCGAAGCAACAUCGACAGCAAAACCCAACGCGCAUCAGAGCAUGUCGCUAGUGCAAUAGGGCAUUCGACUCCAAUGGACGAUGUCGGUUUCAUUGGGUCUUUGCUAUCUCUACUUCGUAAAUAA